AUGCAGGCACAGUUGGCAUGUGUGGUUUUCCUCUGUUUCACGUGUGGCGCACUUUGUACAGACGUUGACCAGGAGCAGCGAGUGCUGGCAGAGGAGUUUCUCAGCAGUCUGCUCACUUCCAAGAUGAAACACAGUAGGCAGAGCGCCCCCUUCUGGCAGGUGUCUCUGGCCAGCCUGUGCCGGCUGGUGGGCGACGUGCGGCAGGGGCUGUGGAGCAGCGAGGAGGAGGAGGUGGAGCUGAGGGAGGGGGGCCUGCAUCUGCUGGAGGAGCUGUACAGCCUGCAGCACAUCUGUCGAGGGCUGGAGGGGCGGGAGGAGAGGUUGGAUGAAAGCAUUACAGGGCUGAAAGCGAAGGCUUUGGGGGAAGAGAAGACGGAGGGAAAGAAGCAGCACAUCUCCCCGAGGCGAUAUUUGUUCGCUGGCAAGAAGGAGAGACAGAUGGGGGGGGGAGGUGGCAGGAAAGAGAUCAGGCGCCAGCCCUUCCCAGGCAGAAUCAAACGGGCCGCCGCCAUUGUUCCCUUGAUUGGCUGUACACAGCUUCUCGACGACCGAGUGAAUGCGCCAGAUUCGGAGUGCCUCUACAGAGAGUGA